AUGCUGUUUCGUUGGAUGUGGCAUCUGGGUGGCAUGUGGGUGGCAUGCGGGUGGCAUGUAGGCGGCAUGUGGGUGGCAUCUGGGCGGCAUAUGGGUGGCAUGUGGGCGGCAUGUUGGCGACAUGUGGACGGCAUGUGGGCGGCAUGUGGGCGGCGUGUGGGCGGCAUGGGCGGCAUGCGGGCGGCAUGUGUGGGCAGCAUACGGGUGGCACGUGGGUGGCAGGAGAAGAAGCUGCUAGUGGAGAUCAAGAAGACUACCAAGACGGGUAAUGAGUGGCAUGCUGUUUCUUUGGAUGUGGCAUCUCGGUGGCAUGCUGGUGGCAUGUGGGCGGCAUGUGGGCGGCAUGUGGGCGGCAUGUGGGCGGCAUGUGGGUGGCAUGUGGGAGGCAUGCGGGGGGCAUGUGGGCAGCAUGUGAGCGGCAUGUGGCAGGAGAAGAAGCUGUUGGUGGAGAUCAAGAAGACAGCAAAGACUGGUAACCAUGUGGGAGUUGGUAACCAGGUGGGAGUGGUAACCAAGUGGGAGUGGUAA